AUGCCGACAAAAAGAACGCCGGCAAAAAAGACACCAGUGAAGAAGAAGGAUGCCAAUAGCGAAGAUGAUAACGCUGCUGCUCUUGGGGCUCUUAUUCACCUCCGAGGCACAGCUCAAGGAAAAGUCACAAGAAUUCGAAAUGCUCUAAUGGAUGGGGACCAACCAGAGUUGAACCAACCGCAAGUGAAAGUGUACUUGAAAAAAUUAGAAUCCGCUUACGCAGAAUUUAAUGACUUACAUCAGCGCAUUGUUGAACAACUCUCCCCUGACGAACGUGAGGAGCACGACCAACACUAUUUAGAAUUUGAUGCUCUGCAUGAUGAAGUGUCUUUAUUUCUCGAAACCUGGCUCGAGAACAUUUCAACAAAUGUACCGGAUUCAACUUCCAGAAACCAACCGGUAAUCAUACAGCAAUCUCUCCCUCGUAUCAUUCCUUCGUUCGAUGGUUGCUAUGAGCAGUGGGAGAAGUUCAAAGUUAUGUUUCGGGACGUGGUGGAUAAGUCCAGUGAAUCGCCACGAAUAAAACUAUACCAUUUAGAGAAAGCUCUAGUUGGCAAUGCUGCCGGGCUAUUAGAUGCUAAAACCAUUAGCGACGGUAACUACGAGCACGCAUGGAAAUUGCUCGAAGAAAGAUAUGAAGACAAAAGACGACUCAUCGAUCUACAUAUUGGUGGCCUUUUGGGAAUCAAAAAGUGUGGCAAGGAAAGCCACAUCGAGCUUAGAACUUUGGUCGAGAAAGUUACCAGUCACAUCGAGAACCUGAAAUUUCUAGGACAGGAAUUCACCGGAAUUUCGGAGCAAAUUGUGGUGUACCUGAUUGCACAAGCUCUAGACGAAGAAACAAAAAAAGCGUGGGAAUCAACCGUGAAAAGAGGAGAAUUACCGUCAUAUGAAACUACUAUAAGAUUCCUGAAGGACCGUGUGUCAGUGUUGGAACGAUGCGAUGCACCGAGCGAAAGUCAGCAUCCAAAGCAACUGCAAAGUUCGUCAAAAAUGAGCAAACCACUAGCAAAAGUCAAUGCGGCAACAGUUUCCCCAACUUCUGAGCUACGUUGUGAAUUCUGUGAUUGUAAUCAUCUGACCUUUAAGUGUCAAAUUUUCAACAACCUUUCUGUUGGCGAACGUCUGGAGAAAGUGCGAGAAAAAAACGUGUGUUUCAAUUGUUUGCGACGUGGACAUCGCGUGACCGACUGCCAGUCGAAAAGAUUAUGUGCCAAAUGUCAAAGAAAGCAUCACACACUGCUCCAUCACGGUGUCAAUUCUACGUCCCCGGCUGCCACAAAUGAACCUGGUCAACAAGCGUCGGAGACACCAGCGAAUUCAAUAGCGCCACUACCAGGCCCAGUUCAUCAAUCGGAAGUUCAAUCGUCAGUGACUGCAGCACAUACCCAGCAUCCAGCGAAGCCAGCAACGCAGGUGGUGUUGCUAACCGCCUUGGUCGAUGUUUUAGAUGCGGAUCGCCAACCACAUCCAUGCAGAGCACUGUUGGAUUGUGGUUCCCAGGUAAAUUUUCUCUCCCAUUCCUUGGCAAACGUCUUGAACAUUAAUGUAGAAGAAGUGAGUGUACCAAUAUCUGGCAUUGGUAGUGUUAAGUGUACAGUGAAGCAAAGAGGAACCGUCCAGGUCCGUUCCAGGUGCACAAAAUUCUCAUUCGCGUUAAAUUGUCUAAUUUCACCUAAUAUAACUGGAAAUAUUCCGCCAGUUCCAAUAGAAAUCGAAAAUUGGAAUAUACCCUCUGGCAUUAAGUUAGCAGAUCCGUGUUUUAACAAACCUGACCAAGUGGAUAUGCUUAUUGGUAUGGAAAUGUUUUACGAGUUAAUGCAACCUGGUUACUUGAGACUUUCUGAUGAGCUACCCAUCCUGCACAAUUCCCACCUUGGAUGGAUAAUUGGUGGAAGGUAUCGUGAAAAUAUGCAUUCUGAAGUGGUCCUUAGAUCGCACGUGGUGAGUGUAGAUCCAAUUGAAGAGUUAGUUCAAAAGUUCUGGGAAGUAGAAGGUUUAUCUUCAGAAGUCGUCCCAUCGACAGAAGCGGAGGACUGCGAAAGGCAUUUUCAAGCAACACAUCGCCGUGAUUCCCGUGGCCGAUUUAUUGUUCAAUUGCCUUUGAAAGACACUGUCUCCCAGUUGAAGGAUUCACGUUCACUUGCACUGCGUAGAUUUUAUCUUUUGGAGUCUAAACUGAUUCGGCAACCUGAUUUGAAAUUUCAAUAUGACAGUUUCAUGGACGAGUAUGAAUCCUUAGGGCAUUGUAAAGAAGUUAAAGAAUCCAAUGAUCCACCCAAUUUGCUCAAAUGGUAUCUUCCGCACCAUGCCGUUCUCCGUCCUGGUAAUUCGACAACGAAGUGUAGGGUCGUGUUCGAUGGCUCUGCCAAGAUCAAUGGUUAUUCGCUUAAUGAUGCAUUAAUGGUUGGGCCUACCGUUCAGAGUGAACUUCUGUCUAUAAUUCUCUGCUUUCGAAAGUAUCGGUAUGUUCUAAGUGCUGAUAUAGCCAAGAUGUAUCGACAAAUUCUUGUUGAUUCCUGUCAUUGUCCACUACAGAGAAUCUUCUGGAGAAAGUCACCUAGCGAACCACUUAAAAUUUUGGAACUCAACACUGUAACUUAUGGAACGGCUUCAGCUCCAUAUUUGGCAACCAGGUCCCUUUUACAAUUGGCUUAUGAUGAAAGGGACAAGUAUCCACUUGCGGCGCGAGUGGUGGAGAAGAAUUUCUAUGUUGAUAAUGCAUUAUUUGGCUCCGAUACUUUUGAGGAAGCUCGCGAGUACUGCUUAGAGUUAAUAGAGCUACUGAAAUCUGGUGGUAUGCAUCUUCAUAAAUGGUCAUCCAACGAUGAAAAAUUAUUACAGCCUAUAGCUCUCGAAGACAGAGAUAGCUAUACAGCUGUUGGUGAUUGCGAAGCAAAUGACAUCAUAAAAACUCUUGGGCUAAUGUGGAAUCCUGUAAGUGAUGAAUUUAUUUUUGUUUGUCAGCCACCAAUCGAAUGCGAUAGGCCAACUAAACGGCAAGUACUUUCUACAAUAGCAAAAAUCUUCGAUCCUCUAGGGCUAAUUUCACCAGUCGUUGUACUUGCCAAAAUUCUUAUGCAAAAACUUUGGAUAAGUAAGCUUGGAUGGGAUGAUUCAUUAGAUGGAGAACUCUAUACACAAUGGAAACAUUUUUUGACAUCACUCCCAAUUUCUGAUCAGAUUCGUAUUCCGCGGCAAGUGUUGAUAAGUGGAGCGGUAUCUUACCAACUACAUGGUUUUUCGGAUGCAUCACAGGCGGCGUAUGGCGCUUGCGUAUACAUACGAUCUCUACAGCAGGACGGUACCGCAACAAUGAGACUGGUAAGCAGCAAGUCUAAGAUAGCUCCCAUUACACCUAUGACUAUUCCGAGAAAGGAACUAUUAGCCGCACUACUCCUUUCGCGAUUGACGAGAAAGAUUUUAACCUCAAUUGAUCUGUGCAUAGAAUCAGUGAACCAUUGGUGUGAUAGUCAAGUUGUAUUAGCAUGGUUACGAAAGUCCCCACAAAGUUUGCCCAUAUUCGUUCGCAAUAGAACUGCCGAAAUAAAUAAUAGCAAGGAAUUUGUGUGGAGAUACGUCAGGACAACAGAUAAUCCAGCUGAUAUUGUUUCGCGUGGGCAAUCUGCUGCCGAGCUGGCGGUGAAUGAUACUUGGUGGAACGGGCCAGAUUUUCUCAGAUAUAUUGAUUAUCAGAUGUGUACUCCUGAGCCCUUGCAAGACUGUGAUAUUCCUGAAUUGAAAGCUCCGGUUAUUGUUCACAUUGCCAUGAACUACGAUGAGUUUCCUAUAUUGACAAAAUAUGAAUCAUUCCGCAAAACUCAGAGAAUAGUCGCCUAUAUGCUUCGAUUUGCUUCGAACGCGAGGAAGAACAGAGAAAAUCGUAUUGUCAACCCUUUUCUUACUGUCGUUGAGCUGAGAGAAGCGUUAAAAACGAUUGUUGGAGCAAUUCAAUCUCAUGAAUUCGCUAAGGAAAUUGAAUGUGUAGCUAGAGGUGACCCUGAACAUCGUCUAAACAACUUAAAUCCAUUCAUUGAGGAAAAUCUGUUAAGAGUUGGCGGUAGGAUAAGACACGCUUCUCAUCUACCUUAUGAUAGUAAACACCAGUUGCUCCUCCCCAAUACAAGCCAAGUAACUCGCAGUCUGAUCUCGGCAAUUCAUCGAGAAAACCUACACGUUGGACCAGCUGGAGUACUCGCCAUUCUCAAACACCAGUUCUGGGUACUGAAACCUAGGUCAACGAUCAGACAAGUUCUUCGAAAAUGCAUUGUCUGUUUUAAAACUAAACCAUACACCAUUGAUCAACAGAUGGGAGAUUUGCCAUUUUACCGUUUGAAUCCUUCUCCAACAUUCCAAAGGGUUGGAAUUGAUUUUGCUGGCCCUAUUCUUAUAAAGCAAUCAGCACGAAGAGCGGUUCCAGUUAAAGGUUAUAUCUGCGUAUUUGUAUGCAUGGCAACCAAGGCAAUGCAUCUUGAAGCGGUAGAAGAUUUGUCGACAGAAGCCUUUUUGUCUGCCUUUAAACGUUUUGUUGCCCGAAGAGGUAUACCGGAAACAGUGUUCAGCGAUAAUGGCACAAAUUUUAUUGGUGCAAGGUCUGAAUUGCACCAACUGUACAUAUUAUUCAAGGAAGACUCUACCCAGCAGAAGAUUUUCGAAUAUUGCCAGGUGAAGGAAAUUGAGUGGAAAACAAUACCCCCUAGCGCACCCCAUUUUGGAGGGAUCUGGGAAGCCGGCGUUAAAAGUGUCAAAUCGGUCCUUAAGAAGGUGUACAAAUCCGCUUCCUUGCCUAUUAUGGAGUUUUCUACUCUCUUGUGUCAAAUUGAGGCCAUUCUUAAUUCUAGACCACUGUUUGCUCACUCCAGCGAUCCAAAUGAUCUGGAAGCGUUAACUCCAGGACACUUUAUUAUCAACCGCCCAUUAACAAGUGUUCCAGAACCAUCUUGUGCGGAAAUUCCAACAAAUCGAUUGUCCCGUUGGCAACAUAUCCAGAAACUUCGUGAACAUUUCUGGAAACGUUGGUCUAGAGAAUACGUAACAGAACUACAAGUAAGAACUAAAUGGUUAUCGCAAAGGACGAAUGUUCAACCUAACAUGAUUGUAUUGGUAAAGGAAGACAAUCUUCCUCCACAAAGCUGGCGAAUUGGGCGUGUAACAAAUGUGUACCCUGGUCCGGAUGGUUUAGUGCGUGUAGUGGAUGUUAAAACCAAAACCGGAAUUUUCCGGCGUCCCAUUCAUAAACUUGCUCCUUUACCCAUAAUCGAUAAUUCCGCUCCCACUGAGUUAGAAUCGAUUAAUUCGACGUUUGCCAAGUUUUCUGUGGGGGAGAAUGUUCAGUCCGAACGCGGUCUGAAGAAACCGAGCAGCAGCAUUUCCGAAAUCAGAUGA